UCCCUCUAUUAUUUUCAUUUUUCAUUUUCUCUCAGCGCUCUCAUGUUUAACCCUUUUUCCCAAAUCAUCAAUACAGAGAACAAUUUUUCUCUUUUAAUCCUUCAAAUCAUACAGCCAACAUAAAUUCCAUCUUAUAUCCAAAGAAACUCAGAUCUGGUAUUUUGUUCCAACUUGGAUUUUCGUUUUCAUAUGGAUUCCAUAAACCCUAAUCCCUAAUCAUUCAGCUUCUGUGUUGUUCCAAUCCCUAAUCCCUUUUUGUUCUCUUCUUUAAGUUUCAGUUACAAUUUUUCUACUUUCCCAAUCGUUUUCUCUUUUGGUAUCUUUUCAGAUUCCACCAUUGUGUCUGCUUCCGCUUGAACGUUCUUCUCCUCCCUACAUUUUUCUGAGCUAAAAGGAACACUGAGGAGUGUCUUUAUCUACCUACAAGUAAUUUUUCAAGGACACUAAGAAAUUAUCUUAAAAUUGAGAACAUUGAAGAGUCAAUUUCAUCACUCUACAAGUCUUAAUAUCCAAAUCAAACACUUUGUUUUGGUUCCUCUUCUUUAUCUUAGAUUCAUCCAAUUAUGAUUGAUAAGAGUUGGAUCGACAAACCCAUAAAAUCAAAAGAGUUUAAAGACGGAGUAGUCCAAUUUUUGGACUUUGCCUUUUCCAACGCAGCAAUCAAUGGACAAAUAUUGUGUCCUUGUAUUACAUGCGGAUUUAAUCACUCGGGUAAUAGAGUUGAAGUGUUUACUCAUCUCCUUCGAAAGGGAUUUCCUAGCAAGUACACAUUUUGGAACAUGCAUGGGGAAAAAGAAGUUCAACCCAAUGUUCAAUCAACAGUCCAAGUAGAUGCACCCCCAACUAGACAACAUCCCAUGCAAGAUAUGUUAAAUGAUGUCUUUGGAGUGGUAUUUGAUCAAGGAGUUCAAGACUCAGGGGCAUCAAAUAUUCCUAAUAGCGAGCACCCAAUGAUUUCAGAGGAUAUAAGUAAUGAAGAUUUGAACAAAGUUAAGGAGUUGAUGGAAGAUGGGAAUCAAGAACUCUAUCCUGGAUGCACAAAAUAUAGCAAACUAUCGUUCAUUGUUCGUCUCUACCAUAUAAAAAUUUUAUGUGGUGCAACAGAUAAAACAUUUUCGAUGAUUAUUGAGCUUCUAAAUGAUGUAUUUCCCCAUGCUAAACUACCGGCAUCUUUCUAUGAAGCAAAAAAGAUGAUCAAGAGGAUAGGUUUGAGUUACAAUAAGAUACAUGCUUGUCCAAAUCAUUGCAUGUUGUAUUGGGGAUCACUAGAGGAUGAGAAAAGAGAUAAAUGUAAAAUAUGUAAUACAUCUAGAUGGAAGUCAGAUGAAAAUAAUAGUUCUUCAAAUGACGUGAUGGAAGCUACAAAAAAGAAACAGAAACCGGCAAAAAUAUUGCGAUAUUUCCCACUUAUUCCAAGGUUGCAGAGGUUGUACAUGUCUUCUAAAACUGCAGAGUUAUUGAAAUGGCAAGCUAUGGUGGCAAAUCCUGAUGGGUUAUUAAGGCAUCCUAGAGAUAGUAAAGCAUGGAAAGAGUUUGAUUCCUUUUAUCCAGAAUUCUCUUUAGAUCCUCGUAAUGUUCGACUCGCAUUAGCUACCGAUGGUUUCAAUCCAUUUGGAACUUUAAGUUCUUCUAAUAGCAUCUGGCCUGUGAUGUUGUAUCUUUAUAACUAUCCACCAUGGUAUUGUAUGAAACCCACUUCUCUUAUCAUGUCAAUGAUAAUCCCUGGACCUAAGAUGCCUGGAAACAAAAUUGAUGUUUACUUGCAGCCUCUAGUUGCGGAGUUAAAUCAAUUAUGGAUCGGUGUUGAUGCUUAUGAUAUCUCAACUAAAGAAAUGUUUCAAAUGCGAGCUGCAUUGUUUUGUACAAUUAGUGACUUUCCUGGUCUUGAUAACUUAUCUGGGUGGAAUACACACACAUUGCUUGCUUGUCCAUCUUGUAUGUUUGAUACAAAAUCUAAAAGGCUGAGAUUUGGUAAGAAAAAUUGUUUCAUGGGUCACCGCCAAUAUUUACCCCCUGAUCAUAAGUAUAGGUACAAUACAAAAUCUUUUGAUGGAUGUGAGGAACAUAGUCUUGCCCCUCUUCAAAUGUCAGGUUCAGAUACACUACGGCAAAUUGAGGAGUAUCUCAAAAAGGCUCAUGAUGAGGGUACAAGUGAGGCAGGCCCACAACAAUGGAAGAAAAAAAGUAUAUUUUGGAAUCUACCUUAUUGGGAGCAUAAUCUUAUCCGACAUUGCCUUGAUAUGAUGCACAUAGAAAAGAAUGUAUGUGACAAUGUAUUGUUCACGGUGCUUGAUGACAAAAUUCGAACAAAGGAUAACCUUUCCGCUCGUAAAGACUUGCAAGUCAUGGGGAUUAGACCGAGUCUUCAUCCAUAUCCAAAUCCUAAUUCCUCUAAAUUUCCUCACUCAUGCUUUAAAAUGAAAAAUAGGGAGAAAGACAUGUUCCUAAAAAUUCUUAAGGAUGUGGUUUUUCCUGACAGUUACGCAUCAAAUAUUUCUAGAUGUGUUGAUACUAAGAAACGCAAAAUCUCUGGUCUAAAAAGUCAUGAUUCACACAUUCUAAUGGAACAUCUUCUACCAAUUGCUUUUAGAAAAUCGCUUCCAAGAGAAGUUGCUUCAGUGUUAAUUGAGUUAUGUAACUACUUUAGGGAAAUAUCAUCCAAGGUUCUAGAUGUCAAGAAUAUUGAGAAACUACAACAACGAAUUGCUCUGACCCUUUGCCAUAUGGAAAUGAUAUUUCCACCUUCUUUUUUCACUGUUAUGAUUCAUUUAGUCAUUCAUUUGGGAGAGGAAGCAAUGAUUGCUGGUCCAGUGCAUUAUAGAUGGAUGUAUCCUGUUGAAAGGACCCUUGGCCAUUUAAAAUCAUAUGUCCGUAACAAAGCUACACCAGAAGGUUGCAUAGCUGAAGGUUAUAUUAUGGAAGAAUGCCUUACAUUCUGUUCAAGAUAUUUUGAAGAUGGGGAUAUUGAAACAAGGUUCAAUCGACCAAGACGCAAUGACGAUGAUAAUGGUGUCAAUGCUAGUAGUGAAUCUACUAUCUUAUCAAAUAUAUUUCCAGCAUUAGGUAAGCCUAUUGGAGCCAUCAAGAUUGUUACCCUUUCACUCUUGGAUAAGAUACAAGCUCAUCGUUACGUGUUAACUAAUUGUGAAUUAGUAGACAAAUUUCGUGAGAAGUGCAAAAUUGAGGUCUCAAGGAUGCAUCGUGGAAAGAGAAAUUCCUCUAAACUUGUGGAAGAAUACGUUCACAAACAUUUUCACGAGUGGUUUCAACAAUAUGUUGCAAGAAAUGUUGAUCCAGAUAUUUCUACUGAAAUUAGUUGGCUUGCAAAUGGACCAAAUGACAUUGCUAGGAGAUUUAGUGGGUAUAACAUUCGUGGAUUUAAGUUCCGAACAAAAAGGAAAGAGCAAGGUUUGAGAACUCAAAAUAGUGGUGUUGUUAUGUCAGCUAUUACUAAGAGGUUUUCAACUACAGGGGAGCCUAUUGAAAAAUCAAGUGAUGACAUAUACUAUGGAAAAUUGGAUGAUAUCAUAGAGCUUGAUUACUAUGGAAAGCUAAGGGUUGUGCUUUUCAAAUGUGUUUGGGUAGAUAAUAGACCUAACAAGGGAAUCAAGAUAGAUAAAUUUGGAAUAUCGAGUGUUAAUUUUUCUCGGUUGAUACACACCGGUGUGAAUGAAUUAGAUGAACCGUUCAUCCUUGCAACUGAUGCUAGAAUGGUAUAUUAUGUUGAUGAUCCAUUUGAAGAAGGUUGGUCUUGUGUAUGUCAUAUGAAGCCUAGAGACAUAUAUGACAUGGGAGAUAUUAACUUCAUAGACUCUGAAGAAAUGAUAAUGGAAGAUAUUCCUUUUUGUGAGCAAAAUGUGGAGAACAUAGAAGAACUACAAUUAGUGCAAGAAGGUGACAAUGAACAAGAAUCAAAUGUUAACAUGGAAGAAAACGUACCCGAUGGAACAAAUAUUGAUGAAGAUCAUAAUGGUUAUAGUGAUGAAAAUGAUAAUGCGAUGUUAGAGUAGUUCAAUUAUGAACUUUUUUGAGAUUUUUAACUCAUUUGCUGUUUCAUGAACUUUGUACUUUUUUUCUUAUCCAAUGAAUUUUUCGUAUUAUGAUUCAUUUAUAAAACAUUUGCAUUCCAUGUUUUAUCUUUUGUUAGC